AUGUACCAUCACGCCGCCGCUGGCGUUGCGACCCUGCCAUCGGGCAGGCACUCCUUCCCGCUCGACGGCGGCGGAGGAUGCGCCGUAGGAGGCGAAGACGAAAUUGAUUGCCGGCACCAUGGCGGGGGGAGGGGGGAGGGGCGCCCCGGUCUAGGCCCCCACCACCGGCUCGACGGUCAGGACGGACCGAACGGCGACGCCGACCUGUACCACCGCCUCGUGGUACACCCCCGCCCGCUGGCCCAGCGCCUCGACGUCUCGAUCGAGCUCGCCCAGCCGUGCCGCGAGACCGUGACGGAGAACGGCGUCACCAAGGAGGUCCACGUCAUCGUCAAGCAGGUGCCCUUCUCCAUCCACGUGCGCCUCCCGGCCCCGCCCCUCAAGGCCCCCAAGCGCGAGUGCCGCCUCAGCGAGCGCCGCUGCGGCAAGGUCCGCUCCGACGGCGACGACGACUACCACGACCACCACCACCACCACCACGACGCGUCGUCGUCGUUGUCGCCCACCGCCCCCGGCACCAUGGUGACGGACUUGCGCGGGCUCGAGAUGGAGGUGCGGCUGCGCUACGACGGCGAGGGCGGCCGCGCGGUGCCCUUCGUGCAGCGUCCGCCGCUGGACGUCAUCGCCACGCGGGUGGCCGACGACGGCCGCUCGGCGGUGCUGACCGCGCGGGUGCGGGCCUUGAGCUCGCAGCACCAGAACCGCCUCUUCGUCGCCCACGUGCGCGCCUUCACCCCACCCCCGAGCCCCGAGGCCAGCGCCGACCAAUCGCCGGCCACCACGUCAUCGCUGCCCCCGUCGGGCGCGCCCUCGCCGGCCACCGGCCUCGAGCCGGCCUCGAUGGCGUCGGUGGUGCUGGAGGCCCUCACGGAGCCGAUCCAGGUAAUCUCCAAGCCGCGCUCGUCGCGCAAGCGCGUGGUGCGUCGGAAGCGCACCCUGGGCGACAUGCUCCUCGAGUGCACGCAGCGCAUCGAGCGCGCCCAGCUGGCCCACGCCCACGCCAUCGGCGCCCUCUCCAAGCGCUGCCGCCUCGUGCCCCGCGACAACGACGGCACCGACACAGCCCCCGCCGCCCCCGCCCAACAGCUGCUCCACCACUACGAGCCGCACGCGCCGCCGCCCCAGCACCACCAACAGUCCCAACAGCAGCAGCAGCAGCAGGUGGGUGAUGGGAACGCGUUCCUGGUGUCGCCUCUCGAGGACCCGCAGCUGAUGAUGCUCAUGGACCUGCCGGCCGCCUUUCCCCACUCCUUCCUGCCGGCCUCCUUCGUCCCGGGUCCCGAACAACACCAACACCAGCAGCAGCUGCAGCUGCAGCACCAGCAGUUCAACCCCCCCUACCACCAGCAGCAGCACCACCACCAGCAGCAGCAGGCCGACGUGAAGGAGAUGCCGGCCUUCUUCCCGGCACCGACCCUGCAGACCCAGCGGCCCCAGCCUGCCGCCGAUGAUCCGCUAUCGCCGCCGCUGCCGGGCUCAUCGGCGUCCCCGUGCUCGCCCGCCUGCGCGUCGUCCUCGUCGUCGGCCCACCACCACCAUUCCCAUCAGCAGCAGCCCCACCACCAGCAGCAGCAGCUCCAACAUUUGCGCGACCCGCGUCUGCGCACCCCGCACGCGGCUGCCGGCCCGGUCGCCAGCGCCUCGAGCCAGGGAGCUUCGCCGGUGGCCCCGGCGUCGGAAGAGGACCCGGUGGAGGCGGCGGCGGGUGCCUUCCUCCGCUCCUACGCGGCCCUGCCGUCCUUCGACCGUUCGAUGGCGAUCAGGCGCGUGCUGCGCAAGUACGGCACCGAUCGGCUGCAGGCCCUGGGCUCCCUCCUCGCCCUCCUGGCCUCCCGCACCCCGCCGCCCCCCAAACGUGCCCAGAACCCCAACGAGGCCGCUGCCUCCUUCCAGAGCUGUGUGUGCACGUCGUGCUCCUACGAGGCCGAGCUGCACAACAUUGACGGCUUCUACAAGGACUUCAUCAACCUCGAGUUCUCCUUCCAGUGA